AUGGAGGGCGUAAAGUGUCUUGAGAGCGUUUUAACAAGCCGGAUGCACGCUGUUGAAGAUGCCCUAACAACAACCCAGGAAAGACAUCGGGGCGCACCAACCCCUCCCCCACCUUUCCCAAUGGCCGACGCCUCUUCGGGCGGCGGCGGCCGCGCGCCCCGUCCGUCAACCUCCCCGUCCGACCCUAAGCUUGAGCACUCGGCGUCGGCAUCCCUCGACGGUGGCCUCCUCCUCCGUCUCCUCCAAAACUCUUCUCCACGCCCGCAACAUCAGCAAAACCCCUCGCAGCCCCUCGCCAAGCCGAACAACUUCUUCGUCGACCCCGCCGUCGCCGCCGUCGGCCCCAUGUUUUCCUCCCCACCGUAUGUGCACGUGGGGGGCUUUGCGUGGCGCUCCUCCUCCUCUCCUCAACCGCAGCUCGGGUCCUCCGAUCCUCGCAUCGCGCAGCCGUUGGAUCCUUACGCGGAACGUGGAGGAGGCGGAUUCCGAUCCGUGGAUGUUGUCUCGAGGAACAGGCCGGAGAAGCCAAGGUCAGGGGCGCCGCCUCCUGGAUUUGGCAAGCCGUCGCCUCCUAAGUUUGCCACGGCGUGGCAUUCGGCUACCGGUCGUGAGGUGCAUGAUGUUUUUGGUGCAAUGCAGCAGAACAGGGAGCAGCAAAGGGAGCCAAACUAUCACCACCCAGAGGGCUUCGGUAGAACACAUAAUACUGAAAUCCAGGAGAUGCCAACUUUCACAGGUGGCCAGGGAGUACUCGGCAGACUGCCCCAUGAAGAGCGCAACACAUCAUUGAUCAUAGGUAGCCAUGGUCCAGCUGCUGUAAUGAUGUACAGGGAGCAGCAGCAGCAACAACAUGAUCACAUAUUAUCAAGGACGCCACCUGAUGCAAAUGCAAGUGCAAAUGCCCAUGGAAUUACUGAAAGGAUACCGCAUGGGGAUCAGCAUAUACUUCAAUUUGCAGGUGGCAGGACACUCAUUGGAGAACAUCAUAUCCAUCCAUCCACAGGUGCCAGAAUACCACACAAAGGUCAGCGGCAGCAAGAGCCCUGCUUGGCAGACAUUUCACAGCGUGAUCAGAGGUGGCAGGGCCAUGCCUCGCUGAAUCUUUCUGCUGGGAUUGUGCUUGAGAUGUUAGGUAAGAUGCCAAUGAAGGAAAAACACCAGGUGACAGCACCUUCUAGCAGUUCAGUUGACAUGGAUGUUAGGGGGGAUAGAGGUAAGAAGUUCCUGGCAGAAUCAACUGGCUUGGAGGUUGGAGUUGGGGAAGUAGGUUUUGAACGUGGAGUGCACGGGCGGGUUGUAGUGGAUGCAAGGAAUUUCAAGGUAUCGUGCCAGAACAGUGAGGUUAGAUUUGCUGCAAAGAAAGAGGAAGAGGAUGCUGACAGCAAGGAGGAAGAUUCUAUAAUUGAGCAGUUCAUGGAUACUGUGGUGAUUGAGGGAAAUGAUGAGGCCAAGGGCAUGGUGGUGCGGAACAGUGGCUCAAGGAGUAAGGACUUCAGAUCAGACUCUUCUAGAGGACAUCAUGUAUCAAGUCAACGAGUAAGAUUUCAGAGGAGAGUCAGGGCAUGUCGGUAUGAUAUAGAUCAAUUUACACCUAAUUUCUUGUCAAUCUUUGACUCAUUGGUGCCCUCAGAAGAGGAAAUUGCAAAGCAGAAUCAGUUGGUAAUAGCUCUGAGCAGACUAAUAAACAAGGAAUGGCCAAAUUCAAAACUCUACCUCUAUGGAUCGUGUGCUAAUUCGUUUGGUUUCUCAAAUAGUGAUAUUGAUCUUUGUCUCUCUAUUGAUGACAAGGAAAUGAGCAAGGUUGAUAUUAUACUGAAAUUAGCGGACAUCCUUCAAGCUGGCAAUCUCCAGAAUAUUCAGGCAUUAACUCGAGCAAGGGUCCCAAUAGUGAAGCUUAUGGAUCUGGAUACAGGCCUUUCCUGUGAUAUAUGUGUCAACAAUCUUUUAGCAGUUGUUAACACAAAACUUCUCAGAGACUAUGCACAAAUAGAUCAAAGGUUACGGCAAUUAGCUUUCAUUGUGAAGCAUUGGGCUAAAUCUCGUCGUGUAAAUGAAACAUACCAAGGAACACUAUCUAGUUAUUCCUAUGUAAUAAUGUGUAUCCACCUCCUACAGCUGCGCAGAAUACUCCCGUGUCUACAGGAAAUGGAGGCAACUUGUUAUGUCACUGUGGAUGAUAAUCAUUAUGCUUAUUUUGAUCAAGUGGACAAGCUAAGUAACUAUGGCGCUCACAACAAUGAGACUUUGUCAAGUCUGCUUUGGGCUUUCUUCCAUUAUUGGGCAUACCAGCAUGAUUACACACAAGAUGUUAUAUCAAUUCGUACGGGAAAGAUCAUUAGUAAGCACAUGAAGGACUGGACAAGACGUGUCGGAAAUGACAGGCAUCUCAUUUGUAUUGAGGACCCAUUCGAGACCUCCCAUGAUCUUGGCCGUGUCGUCGACAAGUUCAGUAUCAAGAUCCUCCGAGAGGAAUUUGAGCGAGCCGCCAAUAUAUUGCAGUAUGAUCCAAACCCAAGUGUGAAGCUCUUUGAGCCAUAUGUGCCACGUCCUCCAUCUGGGACCCUUGACGAGGAAGGGAUUCUUAGUACCGCGGGAGCUAUAAUAUGA